AUGUAUACCUACAGCACCUUAACAUUUGAAAGCAGCAAAGCAGGAAAGUCGCACGUUUCUACAUCCAAGUUGCAUUCUCACAUGCCCUUCAACACCAGCCCGCCAAAAUGCUGCUCCUUGGGAACCUACUCUAUGUUUCGGUCCUCCUCGUAAACGCGAUCGCCAUCCUCUCCGAAGACCGUUUCCUCGCACGCAUAAAUCUCUCAUCUGCCUCCUACGACCCAGCAUUCGGCGCCGGCCCCGAUUCCCAGAGUGUCAAAGCGAAGGUCAUCAACUUAAUCGCCAGCGUACGAACAUUAAUGAGGAUCCCGUUAAUAGCGGUCAAUACGUUAAUAAUAAUCUACGAGCUGGUCUUGGGCUAGAAAGGAGUGCAUAGGCGCCACGACGCAAGAUAAUGAUAUAAAGGCGUGCAUUCGAUUUAAAUUUGGCGUUUGGGUGUACGAUACACACACUUCGGUUUGGCGGGACAUGGUCAAAAAUGAGAACGGUCGGGCAAGAAGAACUGUUAGUUGGAGGAACCGGAUUAUAGUAAUAUACUAUGCGGUAGUGAAUUGACACUAGGAUCUCUACCAAAU